AGCCUUUCGGCUCACUGGGAGACCUAGCCAGAAGAACUGCAGGCAGUCGCGCGCAUUCCGCCGGAGAUGCCACGAUGGGGUCGCGGCUCAGGUUCUCUGGCAAUGAUGAGCACUCGCACGGGUUCCAAAUUGCCAGCGCUGCUGACGCCGGCAGCUACGUACAGCGACGGCACUGGCUACAAGCAGGCAAGGCAAGAGCCGGCGCCCUCGUACAACAAGCAGCAAAAAGCACCACAGGCCGUGUUGCCACAGCUGACUCCGGCAAGCGCGCGGAGCGAAGCGCAGGUGGAAGAAGAGACAUGGAACAACUCCAGGGCCGAGGCCUCCCUCGACCAGAACAUGCUGGACUUGGUGGACCCCUAUAACAAAGGCGUGGUGCGUUACGCGGAUUUCGCCUGGCUGCACGUGCGGCUGAUUCAUUACAGCGGCCGCCCAGCGACCAUCUUAGAAAAGGUGCAGAGCUUGGGGGCCUAUCCGCAGCAGGUCUUCCGAAAGUUCGACGUGGAUCAAGACAACCACCUGGACAAGGCGGAGUGGCAGGAGUAUGCCUCCAGUGACACGCUCAGCUUCAAGCAUCAGUUUGAUAGCUGCAGGGCGCCCCAGAAGGAAGCCCAAAGCGAACGAUUGGGAAGGGAUGCGGCAGAAUCGCGGGCCAAUGGGAAGAUGCAUGGCCCGGCGCAAACUUGA